GAGCUCUGGUGGGACUUGGCCAAAGCCUUCAUCCUCCCGGUCCCGUCGACGGUCUCAGAGUUGGAGCCGCACAAACAGCGGAUUUGUACGGACCAGAGCUUCCUUUUGUCAAUCCUCACAGACUCCCAGAAAUGCAGCUACAGCUGGCAAGUGCUUCAAUUUGUCAGCGAGGACUUGAAGGACGAUCGGGAGGUCUUCAGAGCCGCGAUUUGCUCACAGCCGCAAGGCUGGAAGUCCUUGAGGUUCGCUUCCUUGAAUGUGCGGAAGGAUACCUCGCUUUGCCACGAGGCAGUCAAGAGGAAUGUUGCGGCGAUCGAGUACAUUCCAAGUGAAUUACGACACAACGGCACCUUUCUCUCUUUGUGGCUUCACAGUGCCAUGCAGAAACUAAAUACCAAACCGGAAAAUAAGUUUGAAUCGGACUUCAACAAGGCUUUGCGGAGUGGUGCUCAACCAAGGAAAGGAGUCGGGAUGCAAGACGCCAAGAAUGUGAAAACUGAACGUGUCGUGCCGCUAGCUGCACUUUGCGUCCAAUGUGGCACCAGAUGCAUCCUGGUGUCCAUCGGCUACUACAAGACAGCGACCAAGACAGCGGUGGGAGAUCUCAGAUAUCCUGGUCUCAAAGUAAAGGCCGGCGAGUCUCCCUAUGAUGCUGCUGCGCGCCUUUGCAAGACCCGGUUGUCCUCAUGGACGGAGUAUGUUCAAGUGGAAACCUCUUCCUUUGAUGCCAAAGAGGAGGAUGAUAUCUCACAUUCCACUGGCCUUCCCUCACGCUAUUUGCGAACGAUCUUCCGGGGUCAUAUGAACCCAUCGGUGCCCUGGGCCAAGCACGUGAAGUUCAUUCCUUCUCGCCUGGGCGGUCAACCAGUGAAGCUGAGCUCCAAGCAGAACAGUCUCGCUGAUCGCUUUCGGCGGGCUCACAACUUCACACUGCCUCCAUUGCCACCCGACAUCUUUGCUUUCAAGAAGGACCUGACCUGGACUUCUUUGCCCAGGUAUUCGUGGAUGCCAGAUUGGGAAUUUGAGCAUCUGCGUUAUACAGAACAAGGACGAUCCCUGGUGCGAUUCUGGGUGGAGCAAGGUGACUUCUCCAUCUUAGACCCCUCGGCCGAGCGCUGCUUCACACCUGCUUUGUCAUCUCCAGAGCGGCCUCUGAAGUUCUCUGCGGCCAAGAGGACUGUGCUCUCCCCGCAGAAGAUCCUCAAUCUGGCCAAAGCAUUGGCACUGAAGAGAGACACUCGGCGCUUGAUUUGUUUGACAAGAUAA